UUUUAACUAAUCCAGUGCUGGUUUCCAAGGGUUUUUUUUUUUUAAGUGUCUGGUGGUUCUGGGAUUCCUAUGGGGAUGGCCUAGGGCACAGAUGGCCCAGGCCGAAUCUGUGGACUUCUUCCCAUCAGUGUGUUGGCAUCACACCACUUUCCUGGUGCAAACUCCUAAGCCCUCCUCUUUCCCUCUGCAGCCUCCCUUCCAGAAUCCAGGCUUCCAGCCCCCAGCUGGACCCCAUCCCACUUUGCUCUCGGGCUUCAAAAGCUUCGGCCUUCACCCCCCGAGUCUGCCCUCAAGGGUGUCCCCUUUGAUUUGGCCGCUCACUUUAAACGGUGCGGGGACUACAUCUCCCAGCGGCCCCGGGCGUUCCUGACGCAGCCCCGCCUUUCAGCCCGCGGGAGGUGCGGGCCGGGCGGGGGGAGGUGACUUGAUGUCAUCCUGAGCAGCUGGGCGGCGGGUGCCGGUGCGCACGGAGCCGAGCCGGGGCUCCCGCUGCGCUGCACCGCGCUGGGAGUGCGGAGUCCCAGGACUUCAGCGGAGAUCCGCGCGCUGCAAGGGCGGGUGCAGAGCCAGCCGAGCGCCCGGUCCCGGCCCGGGGCUGAGUUGGGGGCAUGCUCCAGCCCCCCCGGAGCCCAGGAGAGAACCCAGGAGCGCCUCCGCCCAGCCCCAGCUCCCCGAGCGGAACCGCUGCGAAGGUGCCCUGAACGGCCGUAGCCCUCUCCACGGGCAGCCCGCGGGGGUUGGCGACCGAAGUCUGGGUUUCUGAGAAGGCCCGGCCCCGUCGCUCCCACAGCUCCUCUCAGUUCCGCUAUCAGAGCAACCAGCAGGAGCUCACACCGCUGCCCCUGCUCAAAGAUGUGCCGGCCUCUGAGCUGCACGAGCUGCUGAGCCGGAAGUUGGCCCAGUGUGGGGUGAUGUUUGACUUCUUGGACUGCGUGGCUGACCUCAAGGGGAAGGAGGUGAAGCGCGCAGCCCUCAACGAGCUGGUGGAGUGUGUGGGGAGCACCCGGGGUGUCCUCAUCGAGCCCGUCUACCCAGACAUCAUCCGCAUGAUCUCAGUGAAUAUCUUCCGGACUCUGCCGCCCAGUGAGAACCCUGAAUUUGACCCUGAAGAGGAUGAGCCCAACCUCGAGCCUUCGUGGCCCCACCUGCAGCUGGUAUAUGAGUUUUUCCUGCGUUUCUUGGAGAGCCCCGACUUCCAGCCCUCCGUGGCCAAGAGAUAUGUGGACCAAAAGUUUGUCCUGAUGCUGCUGGAGCUGUUUGAUAGCGAGGACCCCCGGGAGCGUGAGUACCUCAAGACCAUCCUGCACCGGGUCUAUGGCAAGUUCCUGGGUCUCCGGGCCUACAUCCGAAAACAGUGCAACCACAUCUUCCUCCGGUUCAUCUAUGAAUUUGAGCACUUCAAUGGUGUGGCUGAGCUGCUGGAGAUCCUAGGAAGCAUCAUCAAUGGCUUUGCGCUGCCCCUGAAGACGGAGCACAAACAGUUCCUGGUUCGCGUCCUGAUCCCCCUGCACUCUGUCAAGUCGCUGUCUGUCUUUCACGCCCAGCUGGCAUACUGUGUGGUGCAGUUCCUGGAGAAAGACGCCACUCUAACGGAGCACGUGAUCCGGGGACUGCUCAAAUACUGGCCAAAAACCUGCACGCAGAAGGAGGUGAUGUUUCUGGGGGAGAUGGAAGAAAUUCUUGAUGUCAUCGAGCCGUCCCAGUUUGUGAAGAUCCAGGAGCCCCUUUUUAAGCAGGUGGCUCGCUGUGUUUCCAGCCCCCAUUUCCAGGUUGCAGAGCGGGCUCUGUAUUUCUGGAACAAUGAGUAUAUCCUAAGCCUCAUUGAGGACAACUGCCACACUGUGCUGCCCGCUGUGUUUGGGACCCUCUACCAAGUCUCCAAGGAGCACUGGAACCAAACCAUCGUAUCGCUGAUCUACAAUGUGCUCAAGACCUUCAUGGAGAUGAAUGGGAAGCUGUUUGAUGAGCUCACAGCCUCCUACAAGCUGGAAAAGCAGCAGGAGCAGCAGAAGGCCCAGGAGCGUCAGGAGUUGUGGCAAGGUUUGGAGGAGCUGCGGCUACGCCGGCUACAGGGGACCCAGGGGGCCAAGGAGGCUCCCUUCCAGCGGCUUACACCCCAGGUGGCCACCAGUGGGGGUCAGAGCUAGACAGCACCUCAGAAGAGGAGAAGCUAAACCCAGAGCUGUCAGUCCCUCUAUCCCUUCUCCUGUUCAGGGGCCCAGAGAGAAACACACCUACCCCUGGCCUUGCCAGAGUGGCUUCUGAGGACUCCCUGCCCGGCCCAGCUUUCACUGGGGGGAGACGAGGAGAGGCGAUGGUGGUCUUGGCAACAGAAUGCUCAGCCCCUCGUGGCAGGACUUGACAAGGGCAAGCUUGACCAGGAAGCUGCCAUCAGGGAUCUUCCCCUGCCCCGCAAAGCUGGGCUCCGGGCUGCAGGCAGGCUCCCACCCUCUGCUCCUGGCCUUGGGCAAGGGCACUCAGCGCCUCGCCUGCCCCUGCCUUGGCCAGCACGAGGUCUUUUCCUCAUCCCUAUGGGGUCCAUGGUCUAUUUAUUCUUGCCCAGCUCACCCUCUACAAAGACACUGUCCUGGGGGCACACUCCUCCCCUCCCUCGCUGUGUACUUCCUUGUCCCCUUUUUAUUUAUUGGGCAGGGGGAGGGGGAGGGCACAGGCAAGAAGAGAUUCACAGUGUCCUGGGGUAAGGGGGGGGGUCAUAGUAAUCAUGGUCUACCCUCUUUCCCUGGCUGGGGGUAGACUUAAUAAAGAGAGAAACUCAAGAA